AUGGCUGCGGCCGCCGAGGGGACGAGCAGGCGGAGGAUCCUCGACUACCUCAACGACGGCGAGGAGUUCGGGGUCGCGGGGCCCUCGUCCGCCGCCCCGGCGACGCCCAGGGCGCUGGCUGCGGCCAGGUCGCUGCUGCCCAGGUUCCGCUGGGCGCGGCUCGCCAGGCUCGGCGGCAAGGCCCGCGCCGGCGACGGCAAAGGGCGGCCGCCCACGGCGGUGGUCGAUGACGAGAUCGUUGCCGCGGAAGAGGAGGGCGAGCCGCGGGACGCCUCGGGUGCCUCUGCCUCAGGUACGUCGAUUCCAGCGGCGGCGGCCGGCGGCGGCGGCGAGACGACGAGGCCGUCGGGCCUGGGCGUCGGGCUGAGCCUGGUGUUCCUGCUGGCCAAGACGUCCGACGAGUUCAACAAGAUGGCCAGGGUGAGGGCCGAGAUGGAGGCGCUGAUCAGGGACUUCAAAGGCCAGCAGGCCAUGGCGACGGCCAACGCCCGCGGCGGCGACGACGACGCGUCGGGGGCCCUCAACCCCGAGUCCGCCGCGUCGAGCUGCCUCACGGACGGGAACGAACCGCAGGCCGCGACCGCCCGGUGCGAGGACCAUCGUCGCCGUCACCAUCGGCAUCAGGUCGCCUCGUCCUCCGGCGCGGAGAUGGAGGCGGCGAGCCGCAGGAGGAUGGACGUGCUGGAGGAGGAGUUCCACGCGGAGCUCGAGCGCGUUCGCGCCCGCUACGGCCAGGACACGCCGCCGUUUUCGACGGGAGAGGGGCGCGACGAGGGCGGAGCAGAGCCGUCGGACGACGACGAGGACGGCAUUGCCGACUGCCGGCAGGGAUUCGAGAGCGACCUCGGCGACGACGACGACGACGACCAUGGCAACAACAACGACGAGGAGGAGGGGGACGACGACGACGACGCUGAUCGGUACCACGGCGUCUCGGCCAUCGAGCUGGAGAGGAGGCUGCACGAGCUGCUCCACCAGAGGAACCAGGAGCGGAUCGAGGAGCUGGAGGCCGCGCUGCGGCGCGCCGAGAAGCGGCUCUUCGACAAGGAGAUGGAGGCGUCCCUCUGGAAGGACACCGCCAAGAUGGCCUUCCGCCACGACCACCACCACGGCCACGACGACGACGACGACUCGCCGUAA